AUAGCAAAAUUAUGCCUAUGUACUGCCCAGUUUCAACCGAGCUCACCACGACAUGGCUACGGGCGGGGCAACAGCUACGGCGGUGCAGCAGUGGAGAGCUCUCCUCGCUGGAGCCCUGGAAUCUAAUGCGCACCUCAAUCAUUCUUCCUACUUCCAACUCGCCACUAUAUCCGUUAAUGGAAGGCCCGCAAAUCGGACAGUGGUAUUCAGAGGGUUUCAAGAAGGCAGCGAUAAUAUCCUGAUUAAUACGGAUAGGCGAACUAAGAAGGUUGAAGAGAUUACUCAUAAUCCAUAUGGCGAGAUAUGCUGGUAUUUUACUGAAUCGUGGGAGCAGUUCCGGAUAAAUGGAAGGAUUGACAUAAUUGAUUGUUCUACAAGAGAUCUUGCCAAACUACAGCAAAGAGAGGAGGCUUGGUUUGCCAGUUCUCUCAAUUCAAGGUUGCAGUCCUUGAGGCCUUUUCCUCGUCUUCCAGUCCUUGAGGAACCUUGCGAAGAUUAUCAACUUGAUCCAUCUACGGGACCAGUUGAUUCGUUUUGUCUUCUGGUUUUUGGCCCAGAACAGGUUGAUUAUGUGAACUUGAAAACAAAUGUGAGGUUCCUGUUCACAUCAAGUCAUAGCAGUGAUCAAUCGACUAAUGUUUGGAAGUUUGAGAAAGUUAACCCAUAAGAAGGAUCAUAUCAUUUAUAGCUGAAUAUUUGUCAAACUUCUUACAACUUGCAGAGUUUUGGUUGUGUCCAAAUGCAAAUAAAUGGCUUCUUU